GCCUUUGACAGCUGCGAACAACGCUCUAAAUCAGUUAUAUAAGCGGUGCCAACCCUACUGAUCGCCUCCAGAUUCAUUUUUCACUGCCUUCCAUCCACCCUCGAUCUUCCUCGCUUGCCAACCCAACAAAGAUGAUCUACUCUACAGCCACCGUUCCCGUGAACCCAGAGGGCUCCGCCAAGCUCACCCGGGCUCAAGCAUGGCAAGGACUCGUACUCAAGGCCCGCGACGCCCGCUUGUUCCUGCCCGAAGGCCUCUGCACCCGCUGCGAUGUGGUGGAGGAGACCGAGACGCACUUUGUCCGCGACGCCACGAUCGCCAACGCCGCUCUUCGCGAGAUCAUCGUCCUGGAGAGCGAGCGCAAGGUCACCUUCUUCCAGGCAACCGGCCCACGCGAAGGCGCCAUCAUCAACGAGCUGUUCGAGGACGAGACCGGCGAGCUGCAGCUGCGUUUCUACUGCUACACUGGCCUGCGCGGGAAACAGCCCGGCGGGCCCGAGGAGCAGGCUGAGCAGGCGUUCUUCGACGGCGACAAGGGCUACAAGUCCGCCCUGCUCUCGACGCUGAAGCGCACGCGCGAGCUGCUUGCCGAAGGGAGGCUCUGAGGAGGCCACGAUGGGGACGAAAAGUGAAGUGAUGUAGCUUCUGUCUAUGCUCGACGAUCCUGUGGACAUGCUGUCCCAGUCAUGAACAUGCGAGAAGGUAUCAAGAGGGCUCCCAACUUCAUUUGUCUGUCCUCUUGUAGCAAUAGAAGCACGUCCUGAGGAGAAAGUAAAUUACCCGCACGAGCAACAG